AGAUGAAAUUUUAUUUUUGUAUUGUUUUAAAUUAGCAUUUUUGCCUUUCACAAAUUAUUUGCAUUACCUUCUUAUAAGUUAAUCAGACACUAAUGACAUUUUUACAGUAAAUGCAAAAUGAGGAUAAAAAUGAAUAGGCCUGAUCCAUUCAUAGCUCCAAGAUGCAGCCACUUGGAGCUUGCACAUGGAGAAAAUGGACCUAAGAGUUACCUACAUAUUCACACCUGUGUGAAUCUGCUAGGGCUGCCAUGACAUAAUGCCAUUGACAUUAUGUGGCUUAAACAACAGAAGUUUAUUUUUUUCAGAAUUGUAGUGGCUGGAAGUCUAAGAUUAGGUUGCUGGCUGGGUUGGUUCCUGGUUAAACCACGCUUCCUGAUGAGUAGAUGGAUGCCUCCUUGCUGUGUCCUCACAUGACCUUUCUUCUGUAUGUGCAGAGAGAAAUAGAGAGAGAGCUCUGGUGUUUCUUUCUUCUCUUCUAAGGAUGCCAGUCCUAGCUGUUUAGGACCCACCCUUAUGACCUCAUGUAACUUUACCUCCUUCUAGGUCCUGUCUCCACACACAGUCAUGCUGGGGGUGAGUGCUUCAGCACAGGAAUCUGGGGGACACAGUUCAGUCCACAGCAAUACUCAAAAGUAUCCGUGGACAGUGAACAACCUGUGGAGCUUCCUGCUGCUGAUUACCUGUGUUUUAGAAAUUACUAAUCACCAUUCAUAGAUUCAUGCAUAUAUCCCAAGAAAUCUCUCCAUCUGUUUUCUACCUUUGCUGAAAAUAACAGCGUCUUGGACUGGUAGUCUGUUACCAAGGCAACAAGGACACACAGACUGCCCUGAACAGUGCCUCAGAGCCAUCUCAGUCCACAGUUCUGACAGAAUUACUGCAAACUGUGCCCAACCCAAUGAGUUGUAUCAUUUUUUUCUGAUAAUGAGAGGAGACAGGUCCUCAUAAAGGGAAUACAACAGAAUUAUGGUUACAUGCCAGAAGUAUAUCUCCUUCUAAUGGAUGAUGCUUGUCUCUAAGGAAAGGUAUAAGCCACAAGAAUAUAGACAGCUCUCACACAUGGGUUAGGUAUGUCAGGCUCUGUGGUAGAGAUCACUGCUUAUAAACCUAAAGUAUGUUUUCUAAGCCUCUGUUUUAGAAAAGGGUGGGAAUGUACCCUGUGAGGAAACUACAUUUUCUGUGUCCCCCCACCUCUGCCUUCCUUCCCCCCUUCCUCCUGCUCCAGCUACAAGUGAUCAGCACAUCCAGAUUACUGCCUGGGAUUCAUGGAAAGGCUCUUACAGGAGGGGCACAUGGCUAGCUCGUGCCCCUGUCUGUCCUUACCCGCCCCUGCCUUUCCUCUUGUUUUCUUUCUGGAUUAUUGAUGUGAUGCCUGGCAACAGAGUAGCCAUUUGGAUGAUUAGAACUUCAGGCACCAUCUGGGAUAAGAGUUAAACUCCAGAAGAGAAGCUGCACCUUAAGCAAGAUGGACCUAAAUGUGGAACAAGCCUAGGUCCAUAAUGACACUAUGAAACUGCUGUUAUCAACCACAGAACUCUUUCACAUGAGGGAGAAAUAAUCUCUGCUACUAGCUGCAUAAAGCCAAUUCCUAACUGGUAGAAAGUAUAGAAAGAAAAAUCUCAAAAUGCAAAAAUUACUUUGGAAAAUCCUUUAAACCCCCCAUAAAUAAUAUGUAAAUCCUGAAUGGGUUAUAGAUGCAGAGAGAUGCUGAGCCUUUAAUUCUUGGGGCCAGUCAAGAAAACAAGAUUGUAUUAAAUUCUAUCCUUGUAUUGUUGAAAAUUAAGUGCCCUUCAGGAAUUAGCUACAUUGCUUUCAGAGACAGUAAUUCAGCUAUCAAAAGUCAUGUGUGGUCUGAAAAGAAAAAUAUUGGGAAGCACCAGUAUAUAUAAUCCUGACAGUUGACAGCAACAUAUGUUUGUACACUUGUGUGUGUGCAUAGUAAUUCCAUCUUUAAUUUUCAUAGAGAACUUUAUGACUUUAAUUGUAUUUUAAUAUAUCUUUAUGAUUUUUAAUUAACAUUUCAAUUCUUUUUCAAGGCUGUUGAACAGUCAUCAGCAUGGUCAUCCUGAUUAUUCGAGCAGGAUGACUGGGGUUCUUUAAAGUCAUUCACACUUUCUCCCUACGUGGUUUUUGAUGAGCUAAGUUUGAUUACAUCUGCAUGGGUCUGAGCACCUCUGGAAGUGAGGUUAACAAGGUACACUCCAAGACCUUUUGUGGCAAGAGUGGAGAGGAGGAAACCAACACUCUGUGAACAUGAGCCUCAAAUCCCCGAUGUCUGCUCCUCAGUUUGAGAGCAAAGGCAGCCAUAUUUCAGCUAGAAAUGGAAGCUGUUUUCUAGUCAGGCACACUCCUCAUCCCAGAAGGGUCUGCCACAUCAAAGGUUUGAAUAACAUUCCAAUCUGUAAUGUGAAUGAUGAUGAGAACUCAUUCAGAACAUUGUGGGGUGUUGGCCAGUCCCACCACUCGCAGAAAGAUGAGAUACCAUAUGCCAGAUGCAGCUACCCACCCAGUGCUGUGGCCACGGAGAGCCCUGUCUCGCCAGCCCUUAACGGGGUCCAAGUGCCCCCACGGCCUCAUUCUGAGCCCUGUCGAAAAGUCAAGGAGUGCUUCAAAACUUCCAGUGAUAAUCCCUUAGUAAUUAAAAAGGAUGAAAUGAAGGUAAAAAAUCCACCACUGACUCCAAAGUCAUGCUCUACUGCUAGUUCUUCUUCUUCAGAGGUGACGAGUACCAAGACUGCCAUCAAAGAGAACACCAUCUGCAUACCAAACUAUCUGGAUCAGGAAAUCAAAAUUCUGGAAAAGCUGUGUAACAUUUUACGCACUGAUUCUCUGGCAGAAGUUCUACAGUGGCUGCUCCAUGCAAGCUCAAAAGAAAAAGAGUGGGUCUCAGCUUUGAUUCAUGCUGAACUGGCUGAGAUAAACUUGUUAACUCGUCUCAGAAGAAACACCUCAGCUGAACCAGCAGCAGAGACUGGGAGGCCACCCAAAGUCAAGUCACCCUCAAAUUCAUCAGCAAAAUCAAAGGUGCUAACCAGUUCUAGGGAAGGACAUCAACAGAGGAGAGUGUCAAGUCAAGGAGCUGAAGAAAAUAAGGAAGUACUGAAAGAGGGCAAGCCUCCAUUGUUUAUAAGAAGAAAUCAGACGAAAAUACCUGUUGCAGAAUAUUUCAGCAAGCCAAAAUCUCUUCCCAGGCCUAAAACUCAGGAGAGCACAACAACAAAGCCAGUGUCAGCAAGGAGUAUACAACAAGGAUACAAUCUCUCUGCCCAAAGAGCAUUUUAUCCUGUAACAUACCGAAGGUAGAAAUGGUAGACUGGGUUAAACCUUUCAGAAACACGAGUUUCACUUUGUUAUGACAUCAAUUAUGAAAAACACAUUUUUGGUAUGGAGGAAUCAACAGCUCCUGUAUAUGGUGGUACAUGUAAAUCUCAAAGCAACUGUAUAUAAAGCUAUUAAAUAAAUA